AUGAAACCUCCUGAAAUACAUGAUUUAGUAAAACCUCUCUGUUGGUUAUUGGGAAAAUGGGGAUCUCUUAAUGUUAAACUAAAUCGUAAGUUACAUCUGCCAUAUUUUUGCCCUCCGUUUAAAGACGAUAAACCAGAUACAUAUUGUGAUCUAUUAACAUUUUCGACGAUUAGUGGUAUAUCUUCAGUAAAAUACGAAGCAAUAUCUUGGAACUCCAAAAGUCUAUUUCCUCACAAACUGGAAGUUGGUCAUUUUAUGGUUCAUCCAGAUAAAAAGCAUAUUUCGCUUUUAGCUGCACACAAUAAUGGGAUGGCUGCUGUUGAAAAAGGAAGUAUAAAAACAAAUUGUCUAGAACUUUGUACUUCAACUGUGGCGAAUGCAGAUGUUAUUCAUAAACCCAUGUUUGCAUAUUCUAGAUCUUAUUCCAUAAAUAACCAAGGGCAAUUAGUAUAUAAAUUGAAAAUGAGGACCGAAGAUGAAUGCGAGUUAAAAGAAUAUGUACAAAUAAUGUACGAAAAAAUUUAA